GCGCCACUUCGCGCACCCAACUCGGACGCUCAGCCGCAUCCAAGACCUCCUCCAAUUCCUCUAACUCCGGCUCGGCCGUGCACACACGGCCUUCGUCGUCCGAUAAACUCCACACUGGCUGCACCGAACACCCACGCCGACUCGUCUGGAUCUCCGACACCGACGCGCAGAAGCAUUCUUCCCCUCCGGGUACCCAAACCUCCUCACCCGCAGUGGGUGGUGAUACGCCAUUCGCC